GUAAACGCAAAGCACUGAAGUUGAAUUUUGCAAAUCCACCUUUCAAAUCUACAGCAAGGUUUACUCUGAAUCCCAACCCUACAGGAGUUCAAAACCCACACAUAUCUAAGCAAAGAUACUCAUUUUGUUACUAGUGCCAGGAAGCAGACAGUUUCCAUGGCAACUGACAGACCGAGUUUACGUGGAAAUUUCCGGAAUUAACAGAGCUGCAUUGCAGAAGGAUGCAUAAAGCAGUAUUCAUCUAGAGACCCUAACAGUAUGGACACAGAAGAACAGUUGCAGUGGUGUGCAGGAGAGAGACUGAGAACACACAGCAUUGAAUCGUCAGGAAAACUGAAGAUCUCCCCUGAACAACACUGGGAUUUCACUGCAGAGGACUUGAAAGACCUUGGAGAAAUUGGACGCGGAGCUUAUGGUUCUGUCAACAAAAUGGUCCACAAACCAAGUGGGCAAAUAAUGGCAGUUAAAAGAAUUCGGUCAACAGUGGAUGAAAAAGAACAAAAACAACUUCUUAUGGAUUUGGAUGUAGUAAUGCGGAGUAGUGAUUGCCCAUAUAUUGUUCAGUUUUAUGGUGCACUCUUCAGAGAGGGUGACUGUUGGAUCUGUAUGGAGCUCAUGUCUACCUCGUUUGAUAAGUUUUACAAAUAUGUAUAUAGUGUAUUAGAUGAUGUUAUUCCCGAAGAGAUUUUAGGAAAAAUCACUUUAGCAACUGUGAAAGCACUAAACCACUUAAAAGAAAACUUGAAAAUCAUUCACAGAGAUAUCAAACCUUCCAAUAUUCUUCUGGACAGAAGUGGAAAUAUUAAACUCUGUGACUUCGGCAUCAGUGGACAGCUUGUGGAUUCCAUUGCCAAGACAAGAGAUGCAGGGUGUAGGCCAUACAUGGCGCCUGAAAGAAUAGACCCAAGUGCAUCACGACAAGGAUAUGAUGUCCGCUCUGAUGUCUGGAGUUUGGGGAUCACAUUGUACGAGUUGGCCACAGGCCGAUUUCCUUAUCCAAAGUGGAAUAGUGUAUUUGAUCAACUAACACAAGUCGUGAAAGGAGAUCCUCCACAGCUGACUAAUUCUGAGGAAAGGGAAUUCUCCCCAAGUUUCAUCAACUUUGUCAACUUGUGCCUUACGAAGGAUGAAUCCAAAAGGCCAAAGUAUAAAGAACUUCUGAAACAUCCCUUUAUCUUGAUGUAUGAAGAACGUACCGUAGAGGUCGCAUGCUAUGUUUGUAAAAUCCUGGAUCAAAUGCCGGCUACUCCCAGCUCUCCCAUGUAUGUCGAUUGAUAUCGCUGCUACAUCGGACUAUAGAGCAAAGGGCUGAGAAGAAGCAAGACGUAAAGAAUCUUCAUCCUCUAUCACAGUGUUUUUAUUGCUCGCCCAGACACCAUGUGCAAUAAGAUUGGUGUUCGUUUCCAUCAUGUCUGUAUACUCCUGUCACAUAGAACGUGCAUCCCUGUAAUACCUGAUUGAUCACACAGUGUUAGUGCUGGUCAGAGAGACCUCAUCCUGCUCUUUCGUGAUGAACAUACUCAUGAAAUGUGGAAGUCAGUACGAUCAAUUUGUUGACCGUGAUUAGAUCACAUCUUAAAUUCAUUUCUAGACUCGAAACCUGGAGACGCAGCUACUGGAAUGGUGUUUUGUCAGCCUUCCAAUUCCUGGAAAUGAUGGAUGUACUAUGUCUGAACACAGAGACUCGGGCUUGAGUGAGAAGAGCUUGCACAGCCAGCAAGACACAUGGCUUCUGGAGCUGGGAGACAAAGGAGGAAUUUACUUUCUUCACCAAGUGCAAUAGAUUUACUGAUUUGAUAUUCUGUUGCUUUACGGUCACAGUCGAUGUUUGGGGAUCGAUGUGCUCAGCCAAAUUUCCUGUUUGAAAUAUCAUGUUAAAUUAGAAUGAAUUUAUCUUUACCAAAAACCAUGUUGCGUUCAAAGAGGUGAACAUUAAAAUAUUGAGACAGGACAGAAUGUGUUCUUUUCUCCUUUACCAGUCCUUCUAUUCUUCAUUGGGAAGACUCAGGAGUCUGCCAUUUGUUAAAGAAGGUGCUGAUCCUAAGAAUUUCUCAUUCUCAGAAUUCAGUGUGCUGCCAACUUGAUGUUCCACCUGCCACAAACCACCAGGACUGAAAGAAGAACAAGUACAGAGGGCAAAGUUUACAGAUGUUUUUAAUUCUAGUAUCUUAUCCCAAACAACUUGUCGCAGCUGUAUCUUUCCCCUCGGCCCCAAGCCCGAUACUUUAGCCAUCGUAACUUGCUAACAGGGAGAAGUAGCUAGUAGCAAUGUGCCUUGAUCGAUUACAUAAAGAUUUUUGUAGGCAGCAAAAGACCAAAUCUCAGUUGUUUGCUUCUUGCCAUCACUGCUCCUGGUCUUGAGUUCCUGAAUCCUUUCCCUUCCCAUGUGGCCUAUUGCCGCUGUGUGGCGUUUGCCUAAUCCAAUAUUUCACCGUUUUCCUAUAUCAAAAAUCUUUCUAAUUACCAAGGACGUUCCUUACCAAGGAUUUUUAGCCCCAAAUAUCUCAUAGGCUCUAAUGUUUAAAAGGCUGAGAAAAGUGGGGCCCAGCUGAUGUGGUGGCUAGUGAAGCGGCAUCUUUUCCAGAGACACGUUUUACCAGAUGUGCCUCUGAAAUAGCAGUCUUCUAGAUAAGCCCGUCACCUGCUGCAGUCCUUGGCAGGUCACCGUCAUGGCUGGGAAUUGGGAUCCUCACUAGGUACAAAAAAGGAGGCCCCGAAAAGGUUGCCAUCUUUUCCCGUGCUGCUUCGCUUACCCAUCAGCCAGGCUCUGCCUCGGUUUCUGCUCUGGCCUCCCAGACACUGAACAUUUGGCUUUCGUGUAACAGUUCAGCAGCACUGUGAGUGGUUCAAGCACACUGGAAUAAAAAAAAAAACAGCCAUGGUCUGAGAUGCAGGUGAUGUCAUUACAGAACCAAACUGGCCUGUAUAGCUGCGUGUCCUCCCAGAGUGACAGUCGUAAAUACUAUUAAACAAUAAAGAGAGAAUGGUGCUGUUUAAAGUUACAUCCAUGUAAAUUUCAGAAUUCAAAAGCGAUUGAUCUCUUUGGUCCACUUGCCUAAUUUUCCUGUCUUCCCUCUCCCCUUGGCAUCCUGACCCUUAGACUUCCCAGUGUCCUGAAAGGAGGCGUCGCCGUAGGUCCUCCCACAACCACACCAAGCCAUCGUCCUCCACUGCUCCCGGGACUCAAGAGGAAUUUGUUUCUCUGCUGUCAGCUCCCCGUCUGGCUCAGCAUAGGGUCACUUUGCCGUUAUGCAAAUGGAGAUAAAAGCAAUUCUGACUGUCCAGGAGCUAAUCUGACCAUUCUAUUGUGUGGAUGACCACAUAAAAAGGCAAUUUUAGUGUAUUAAUCAUAGAUUAUUAUAAACUAUAAACUUAAGGGCAAGGAGUUUAUUACGAUGUAUCUUUAUUAAAACAAAAUGGUGUAUAGUGUUCACAAACUGUGAAAAUAGUUUAAGAACUGUACAUUGUGAGCUCUGGUUAUUUUUCUCUUGUACCAUAGAAAAAUGUAUAAAAAUGAUCAAAAAGCUAAUGUGCAGGGAUAUUGCCUUAUUUGUCUGUAAAAAUGGAGCUCAGUAACAUAACUGCUUCUUGGAGCUUUGGAAUAUUUUAUCCUGUAUUCUUGUUUGAAUUCCUCCUCUAUUUAAGAUAUAUACAUGGAAUCGAAGUGUUUAUGUAAUAGUUCUAUCCUUUUGCCUGCAGGUCAGUUGUAAUAAAUCUAGGAUGUGAUGA